AUGCAUUUGACAUCAUUGAGCUCACUUGUUUGCCCACUCCUGCUAAUUAAACUUCACUCUGAUAUCUCAUAUCAGCCAUCUGCUCGCAAUCAUAGGGGUGUCAUUGCUGGCAAUCCAUUGACUGAUACAACGACGGCCUUCAACGCUCGAAUUCCAUUUCUUCAUGGGAUGGGAAUUAUACCAGAUGAAAUCUACGAGGCUGCUCGUGAAGGCUGUGGAGGAGAAUAUCGCUGGCCAUCGAACUCCCAUUGUGCCAAUUCCCUCCAAGACAUCCAAGAGUGCAUGAGGGGCUUAAACGAUGUACACGUCUUGGAGAAAAUCUGUCCAGAAUAUCCAAGCCUCGCCCUUCAAAAGCAGCCGACGUCGCAGGAUCAUGGAAGAAGAAGGCUAACAGAGUCCGCAGUUUCGUCUCUGUGCAGGAAUGCCACAUACUUCUUGUCCGAGUUGUGGACAAAUGACGAAGCUGUAAGGGAGAGUUUGGCUAUUCACAAGGAAACCGUUCCAUCAUGGCUACGAUGUGAUUUCAAUCUACCUUACACAUAUGAAAUCAGCAGCACCGUUGAUGAUCAUUUAGCCUUGAUUACUAAAGGAUACCGGGCUAUGAUAUACAGUGGAGAUCAUGACAGUAAAGUAUCUUAUGUCGACACCCAAGCAUGGAUCAGACGACUUAACCUGCCCAUCACGGACCGUUGGCGACCAUGGCAUCUGGACGACCAAAUUGUGGGGUACACAAGAACUUACUCCAACAAUUUGACAUACGCAACUGUAAAGGGUGCCGGCCACACAGCCCCGGAGUACAUGCCAAGGGAGUGUCUGGCUAUGAUCGAUAGAUGGCUUUCCGGUCAACCUCUUUGA